AGCCUGACUAGCCAGAGAUGCGGUGAAAUAUUUCUUCAGAGUCCCCUCUCCACCUCUUUCCAGACACUCGUGCCCGCGGGAGAAAUCCCCCAAUCAAAUUAAUUCACUCCUCUCGCCGAAUUGCUCUGAUUGGCUGCUGACGUCACUUCCUGCUUCCCGUCUUUUACGUCUGACACGCGUCACCAGGUCGCCAUUUCGCAAAUCGCAGGACGCUGAAUUCGCACCCUUGGUCGAGGCUGACACGCCGUCCGAGCAUUUUGCAUUUUCGCCUGGAAAUCUCAAUCGCGCGGAAUUUUUUGUCUUUGGUCCACACGAACUCUCAGAUUUUCGUCGAUUCUGCGUCCUGAGAGAGUUGAGGCUGCGGCUUUUAUGGAGUCUUUUGGAUCUCAAAAGGGCCGACUGCGAGAAAUCAACAUGUCCGCCGCAAACGGAUUGAAAAACCUGAACGACAGCAUGGAGAUCAGCAAAAUCAAGGUGCAAGAGCAGAGUGGCCAUCAAAAAGAUAGAGAGUCAAUAUCCUUCAUCCAGAUCUCUAGCACUCCGUCUCAAAAUUUGCAGCCAAAUGAAAGCAAUGCACUCUGCUCCUUUGAUGCUAUGAUCAACCAGGAGUUUGUGAUCCUUGAUCAUCCACCAGACAAAGAAAUUCAGGAGCCAGGAGAGGGAGACAAAACUCAACUUGCUGUUGCCACUGAAGAAGAGAAUGAGAAAAUGGCAGAUAAGCACAAUAAGGUUGGACUGGAGGAACCUGUUGCCGACAAGUCUGGCCAUGAUGAAAUCUCAGAACAAGGUGAAGUGGUUGCAGCAGCAAAACCAAAAGUGCGCAAGGCCAAAAAUGCCACUUGGAAGGAAGGAGAACCUGAGAGGUUGGAGGAGAACAUGGCUGUGGAAGCUCAGGUGCCACAGGAAAAGAAGAAAAGGCGCACUGAUGGCCCGUUGGUGAAGAGAAUUAAGAAGAAUCUGACGAGACUGUCUGUGUCCCAGGGAAAACCAUUGCUUCUAGGCACUUUUAAAUACUCUACCAGAUUGGACAAAACCUGUACCAAAACUUUCACAAGGGCCAAUCUUCUGCCUAAUCAGAUUGUGAAUAUCUUUGGUGUGUCAUGUGACCCGGAGGAAGACACGGCAGACACUUACACCACUGUAAACCAGGCCAUUUCAUUGGAAGAUUUUGUUGAAGUUUGCCAAGAGGACAAGCAGGAUGGUUCUGCCACCAUGAGCAAGGAACCUUUUGGCUCUGACUGCAGUGCUCUAGAAUCUGAUGAUGAUAUUUCAGUUGUUGAGCUUCCAAAGGAGAAGAAAAAGACUCGUCAACGUCAAGGAAAGAAGCCAUCCAAGCUUCAGCAGCUGAAGGCUAACAUGUCCAAAGCCAACCCUCUCCUCCAGAAAAAGCGUAAUAAGUAGACUUAGUGAAGAAAUUCAGCUUUUUGUCUAAUGUACGAAAACCACUCAUAGUUUGCAUAAAAAAAUUGCCAGGCUUAAAAUUUUUAGUUUUUCACAAGAGGUACACUUUGCCGAAAAUAUAUGUUUUUGAAACUCAAAUACAA